UUUUGAUUCAACCCAAUUGAUUGUUAGCUGUCAGACGCGAAUACAAUCCAUACAACCAGACCGUAGAAACCGGGACAUCUCCAUGACUAAUGAAAUAAGCCCAUCAAUCCCUCUUGCAACAUCUUUUUUUCCCUUGUCUAUUUUAACUAUGGCUUUUUGACUUAUUCGUGCUAGCAAUAAUUUCAUAUAGUUGGGAUUAACAAUGAGCAGACUUCAUACGUAGUGUCCGAUUGUAAUCCUCCUCUCCUUUUCCCCAUGGCGUCCCUGGUCACCGACUUCCUGGUCAACCCGGUCAUACGACAAGCGCGACGCUUCUCACGAUCAUCAGGCAACUUACCCACUUCAGAUUCCGUUUCGGCCCCUGAGAAGGUUAGGGAAUCUAAAGAAAGUCAAGACGAUGCUAUUUCGGAAACCGAGGAGGAUUCCUAUUUGGGUGAUGAGGUAGACGGGAGCGUACCGUCGUCUCCUUCCUCACGGAGUUCCGUUCAUCCAAUUCCACGCAGUGACAUAGCCGACCAGUCCGAGGAUGUAAUACGUCGAAUUGCCUCAAAUAACUCCGAUACACAUACCCGCACCAACGACACUCGAAACGACACUCGAAACCUCGCCAACCAAUAUGAAUCGAUGCCAAUGCCCACAAGCAGCUCGAACAUGGCGGUAAACGGUUUAUUAUCUCCAGUCGAUAUUUCUCCGUCGGGAAUUGUACGGCGGAAGUCCUUGCCCGAGGACGAUGGGAUGGGUGUGUUGCGGAGGCGUAUAUUCGCCAUCCAAGCACAAAACGUCGAAGCCGGGGACAAAGCCCGUCAGAUGCACCAGCUAUUAUCCGAAGACUACACUAAGUCGAAGAAAUUAGCCCCGAUAGACCGACCUCUUACACCGUCCAGCCCUAUAUAUUCAGAACAGCCGCGCUCUAUCGGUCCUCUAGAAUCUUUCAAGUUUUGGCAGAAUAUCUUGGACGAGACCGAACCCCACGAAGAAUUCGAACUGACCCCUCAGGAUCUGCAGCCCACGUUUGCGCCGCCGAGGGACCUAGCAGAAGAUGCCGAAGAUGCGGAGGACCUCGAAGACCUGGAUUAUCAUCCCUUCGGCUGCGAACAUUAUAGACGAAACGUCAAGUUGCAAUGCUCUACGUGCAAUCGAUGGUACACGUGCCGAUUCUGCCACGAUAAAGUGGAGGAUCACGACUUGAUCAGAAAGGAUACCAAGAACAUGUUAUGCAUGUUCUGCGGGACUGCCCAGAGAGCGGGUGAUGCAUGCGUAUCCUGUGGUGCGUCGGCGGCACGGUAUUAUUGCAGCAUAUGCAAGUUAUGGAAUGACGACCCUGACAAGCCAGUUUACCACUGUAACGACUGUGGCAUCUGCAGAAUUGGAAGAGGGAUUGGCAAAGAUUUCUUCCAUUGCAAGAAAUGCUGCGCAUGUAUCGCUAUCGGCCAGGAGAAAGACCACAAGUGCAUUGAAAGGUCUACCGAUUGCGACUGUCCAAUAUGUGGCGAUUAUAUGUUCACGUCACCCAAAGCUGUGUGCUUCAUGAAGUGUGGACACAGCAUCCACCGACAGUGUCUCGACCAACAUAUGAAAGUAGCUUAUAAAUGCCCAAUUUGCAAUAAGAGUCUUGCGAAUAUGGAACUACAAUUUCGGAACCUUGAUAUGGCUAUCCAGACGCAACCUAUGCCACCUGAAUUUCAGGACACUCGAGCGUUGGUCUUAUGUAACGAUUGUUCAGCCAAGAGUUCGGUUAAGUACCAUUGGUUGGGGCUGAAAUGCGGCGUUUGCUCAUCAUAUAAUACUGCACAGCUUCAAAUACUAGGCAUGGCAGACGAAGCGCUCGAAACCGACUUGAUAGGGCGAGCAGCACAGGUUGCUGAACUAUCAGCCACACGAGGUCCGGGUACAGCUGAAACGAGCGACGGGACCCGUGCUCGUGAUGUUAGAAGGCGUCACUCAUCUAAUGUCGCGCGGUCGACUAUUCAGCAGCCUAUCAUGGGAUCAGAUUUCUCUGAUAGGCUCGCACGUUCGGUUUCGCCACCUGCCCACUUGCUCGCGUGGAACCCCCCAGCUGGCUACUCUAUCAUGGAGACUGAAGAUGAAGAUAGGGAAGAUCUGUUGGGGUUUUGGAGUAGGGUUCCUCGCAGCAUUGCGUCCAAUGACGACGAAGAUGACGACGCGGAGGUCUCGGACGACGAGUCUCUGUCGUCCUCGGAGGAGGAAGAUGAAGAGGAAGGAGAUGAUGACGACGUAGAUGAUUUCGAGCUGCUUGGCCAUCGCUGAGCGCAAUGAAACAGGACCGGGGUGGGCUGGUUUAUGAUCGAUAUAGAGAUGGCGUUCGGGUACAGCAUUGAGGGCAUAGCAAGGAAUACCAGUUGGAUUCAGGCAAAUGGUUGGUAACGCAGCACAGAGCGGUUGACAUGAAAUUGGCAUAUGGGUUAUAGAGGGGUAUCCUGUCACGACACUCCGGCGCCUACGAAGUCUGGGAGAGAGUUGACGA